AUGGCGGGAGAAACAGCACCGGGUCGUCCCGGAAACCUGACAACCGAGCAGGAGGACAAACUCAGACAGCUAUGGCAACUCGUCUUGCAAGUGUGUGCCUUCGGCCAGGAGCAAAACGGCGCUAGUGAGGCGGCCAGCGCGGCCGAUACUGUCGAGAAGGCAGCCCAGGAAGAGGAAGCCAAGAAGGAGAAGAAAAGCCGCCUCUCCAUCUUCUCCCGGAAAAAGAAGGACGCCGAACCGGCACCGGCGACCUCACCAGGGGCUCCCGGAAACCCUUCCAUUGUGCUCAGCCUAAGCAAGGACGGAGAUGGCGACAAGUACGGCCAAACGAAACAAUUCUACGAGACCCUAGCCAACAUGUCACCACAGCUGAUCCGUGACACCAUCUGGAGCAUGGUGAAGCACGACCAUCCAGACGCCCUACUGCUGCGCUUCCUGAGGGCGCGUAAGUGGGACGUCGAGCGGGCACUCAUCAUGAUGAUCGCGACCAUGGACUGGCGGGCGCGGGACUACAAGGUCGACACGGACAUCAUGCUGAACGGCGAGGGAGCCGCCGUAGUGGCUGAGAAGAGCGCUACCGAUUCUGCUGAGAAGACGCUCGGGAAGGAUUUCAUGAGCCAAAUCCGGAAGGGCAUCAGUUACGUGCAUGGCCAUGACAAGCAAGGGCGGCCGCUAUGCUUUGUCAAUGUGAGAAAGCAUAGGGCAGGCGAGGAGACGGAAGAGGCGUUAGAGAGGUAUACGGUGUGGCUCAUCGAGACAUGCCGUUAUGUGCUGUCGCCACCAGUUGACACAGCCACCAUUGUCUUCGACAUGACCGGCUUUUCCACAGCAAACAUGGACUACACUCCUGUCAAGUUCAUGAUCAAGUGCUUUGAGGCCAACUACCCCGAGUCUCUGGGCACCGUGCUCGUCCACAAAGCCCCAUGGAUCUUCCAAGGCAUCUGGAAGGUCAUUCGCGGCUGGCUCGACCCUGUCGUCGCCAACAAAGUGCACUUCACCAACAACGCCAAAGAAAUGGAAGAGUUCAUCGCCAUCAAACACAUCCCCAAGGACCUCGACGGCGAAGAGGACUGGACCUACGAAUACGUCGAACCCGUCGAGGGCGAGAACGCGAAACUGGCCGACAUCGAGACGCGCGACCGCCUACUGGCGGCGCGUGGAGAGUUGUACAAGGCAUAUGAGGAAGCCACAGCCGAGUGGAUUCGCCUUGCCGGAGCCGGCGCUGUUGCGGGAAGUGAUGCCAAGGGGACAGCCGCGGAAGAGAUCAAGGCGAAGCGGACUGAGCUCGCGGAGAAGCUGCGGGUGGAUUACUGGAAUAUUGACCCAUACCUUCGCGCGCGGUCGUAUUACGACCGCACGGGGCUGUUGUUGCCGGGCGGGAAGUUGAACUGGUAUCCGGAGACGAAGGCAGCUGAGGAGAAGAAGGAGGAGGUUCCUGUUGCGGCCGAUACAACAACUGCGGCGCCAGCUGAAGCAACGGUUCCUCCGGCCGUGGAUACCACGAAUGAUGAUGAUGUGGAUUAA